AAGAGGAAGAGGAAGAGGAAGAGAGGAAAGAUGAGGAGAAGAGUCAAGCGCGGGGAGAAAAACGCCAAGAGAUCGGAUAUGGAUAAACUAUUUCCCGCCAAACUCCCCAAAAGGGUAAAUAAAUAGCCAACAGCGGAAUAGCCUAAAUUAACCGCCCCUAUCGGCCGACGACAUCACGUGUCCCCGGAUGUCGUCUGCUCGCCGGAGGUCAGCGUCGGGGGAGGGAGGACUCAACCACACACAAUGACAACAACUUCUGCAGCGUUAUUCUUCCAUUGAUCUUGCUCGUGCUGUAGCUGAGCUACUUACGCAGGGUCCAAUUCCUCCAAUUGUUGCCCGCUGCUGAUCUGUCUUGGUUACAAUGCCGCUCCAUAUCUAUACCAGACGAGCUGCCGGCCUGCUUCCUCUCGCGGGAAGCUCCGCUGCAAGAGCUCAGUUCGCCCGCUCGAGUCAUCCUGCCAGAUUGCUCCCAAUUUUUUGCCGUGGUGUUUCCUCUACUCAUUCUGAUGAACAUCAAAAGAUCUUAUCGGAGAACCUUAAAGAGGCGGACCCCACCGUCUACAACAUCCUCCAGCAGGAGAAAAACCGACAGAAGCAUUUUAUCAAUUUGAUCCCGUCAGAAAACUUCACGUCGCAAGCUGUUCUCGAUGCCUUGGGAAGCGUCAUGCAGAAUAAAUAUUCGGAAGGAUAUCCUGGUGCACGGUAUUAUGGUGGUAACCAAUUUAUUGAUCAGGCUGAGAGAUUGUGCCAGCAGCGGGCUCUGAAGGCGUUCGGUCUCAAGGAGGAGGAAUGGGGGGUCAACGUGCAACCACUCUCUGGUUCUCCUGCGAACCUGUACGCGUACUCCGCGCUGCUUAAUGUCCACGAUCGUAUCAUGGGUUUGGAUCUUCCCCAUGGAGGCCAUCUUUCCCACGGGUAUCAAACACCAACAAAGAAAAUUUCCGCUAUAUCUAAAUAUUUCGAAACACUCCCGUACAGAUUAGAUGAAUCCACUGGCCUCAUCGACUAUGACAAACUGGAAGACAUGGCCCAGCUCUAUCGACCAAAGCUCAUCGUCGCUGGUACCUCCGCAUACAGCAGGCUCAUCGAUUACCCGCGCAUGCGCAAGAUUUCUGAUAGCGUCGGAGCCUACCUGCUCAGUGAUAUGGCCCAUAUUUCCGGAUUAGUUGCUGCUGGAGUUGUACCCUCCCCAUUUACACAUUCUGACGUCGUUACAACCACCACACAUAAAUCCCUCCGAGGACCCCGUGGCGCUAUGAUUUUCUUCCGCAAGGGAGUCCGCCACACAGACGCCAAGGGCAACCCAGUCAUGUAUGACCUGGAAAACCCUAUCAAUGCAUCUGUAUUCCCUGGUCACCAGGGCGGACCCCACAACCACACCAUUACCGCGCUCGCCGUUGCCUUGCAGCAGGCCACAACCGACGAAUUCAAAACAUACCAACAGACUGUGCUUGAGAACGCUAAGGCGUUGGCUGACAGGCUCGGAAAGCCCACCAACAGCGGCGGACUGGGCUACAACAUCGUUUCCGGCGGCACAGACAACCAUCUCGUGCUCGUAGAUCUGAAGAACCGCGGCGUAGACGGCGCGCGCGUUGAGCGUGUGCUUGAGCUAUGUGGCGUGGCAAGUAACAAGAACACCGUUCCCGGUGAUAAAUCUGCCAUGAAACCCGGCGGUAUCCGAAUUGGGACGCCGGCGAUGACAUCGCGCGGCUUCGGCCCAGAGGACUUUGUCCGUGUGGCGGAUAUCGUCGAUCGCGCUGUGACGAUUACGCAGAAGCUCGAUAAAUCUGCCAAGGCGGAUGCGGAGGCGAAGAAGAGGAAGAACCCUGCUAGCGUGAAGGCGUUCUUGGAGUAUCUUGGUGAAGGCGAGGAGAUCCCUGAGAUUAUGAUGUUGAGACAGGAGGUUGAGGACUGGGUGGGCACGUUCAGUCUGCCGUGGGCGGAUGAGGAGAGCUAAAUUUAAUUUUUUAUGUACUCUGUGAAUGUCCAUGUAUAUAUAUGUGUGUGAUAUAUAUACAUGUACCUUGAUAUAUAUGACUGUGCGUGCGUUUGUGUAUGAAAAGGGGAUGAUAUAACAGAGAAAUGCCUCAACGCUUAACUCAUCCCCCCUUCCCCCUGUUUUCGCAUUCCGCCCCCCUCUCUUCUUCACCUUGCACCCCCUCCUGCUGGGUUUUGCUUCUUAACGAUAUGAAUUUGUUUGAUUCUCUAUUAGCGGCGUUCUUAGCCAUUUUUUAAAAGGUAUGUCCUUUACUUCACAAUUCCCCAAAAUUCAAUGCGCUAUUUUCGCUACCCUCAUGCACUCACACAAUUUAACAAAAAUUACCCAUCAUCACCCUCAUCCACAUUGGAAUGGCAAAAGGUUAUAAAUGGAAAUAUACUGCUUAAUCUUCGGGGUAUAAUUAUAACUUCUUUCCCCUUUACGAGGGGGGUUAUCAACUAAUAUAUAUGGUAGAUAUAAAUGCCAAACUCCGCUUCCAAAUAAACUCCGAUUCUUCCGAGCAAUAUAAAAUAAACCAUCCGUUGACGGAGUAUCCGAUGUUGGAUGGAAUGUGUAAUGUUGAAAAGAGCAUGUAAGGGGGUUAAGCCUACCAGCAGUUGUAGUAGCACAACGCUUCCUGAUAUCUGGUUGAAAUUAUAGAGGCUACACCAUAUGUCACUUGCAAAGGGUCUGGCUUCCGUUCCAAAUAAAAUAAUGACGUCCUUCUUCACCUUGGCCAGACUAAAUAACUGGAUUAGUCUUCAUCCUAUCCCAUCAUCCAGGAGCCUCAAGAAAGAAAACGAGGAUAGAAUAAAUAAGAAAACACGAGACUUACAAAACGUAGUCCGCUCCUCAUUCCUCUUCGAGACAACCACUUCAUCCCCAACGCCAAUGUACAACCCAUCAGAACCCUUAUCAAUAAACCCAUACCGCCCAAAGAUAGGACUAUAUUUAUUCCCCUGAUCAACCCUGCGAUCCCUCAUCAAUUUCUUAAGCAUGGUCCCCGAUUCGCCGCUGCCCGGCGCACCCGUGUCAUAGUCGACAUUAAUACUUACGCACCGCGCACAGUUCGCCGUGAGGAUGAACCUGAUAUCGUCCUUGACCAUGACCUCCCCCCAAAAGUCCUCCUCGUACGCCUCCGGGGCGCCGGAGAGGACUAUGUUUGGGCGGAAUUUAGUCACGUCCAUCGUCUCGCCCUCGGGGAGCCGGCUGGAUACAUCCCCGAAUGAGGUCUCGGAGACCACCAGGUACGCCGCCAUGUCUGCGAAGGUGAUCCAUUCGUCGUCGCCGGCAUCGUCAUUAUUUUCCUUUGCUGAGGAGGGAGUGCCAGUGCCAGUGUCAUUUCCGAAAUUCGGCAGAGACUGGGUGAUUCCUGUUAACCAGCCACCGGAGCCCCGAUUGCUGGAUGCAGAUUGGGAUUCGGCUGCUGCCCUCUUCUCCUUCACCUUCUUCGCUGCAGCGUUGGGCGGGAUAUCGCCCAGCACCGGCCUCCGGUUCCCGCCCAGAUAAGCCAAUACAACCUCGAACCCAAAACACUCAGAGAACCAGUCUGAAUAUUCCCGGCCCAUGUCGUACGCCCGAGUCUUACUGUUAUACAUAUCGACCUCCAGAAACCUCAGGCCCACAAGGUCCGUCGGCUCAAGCGGGAUUUCCAGUUCCCUAACAACAUCCCGAUCCGGAUGUCCGAUCGGUGCCUGAUAUCUAACCAGGACCUUGCCUUCCUCUGCGACGACGCCUUCAGCAGACUUGCUCCCGGGGAAUAUGACGUCUGUGGUGAACAGGGCCAUUUGCUGGAUGUGGCAGACCUGCAUGUUUUUCAGGCUUCUGUCGGGCUGGACUUUGAGCAGCAUGAAAUGGCGGUCGUAGGCGAGGCCAUGGCGGGUGAUGCGACACUGGGAGAGGGCGGUGGGACGGAGGGAUUUUAUGGGGUAGAUGUAGAGCUGUUGGGAGGGUUAGAUGUAUUUAUAUGUAUACAUAUACAUAUACAUAUAUGUUGGUUUGUGGCAGUUAUGUAUAGGGAUCGGGAUAGUCGAUAGUCUGCUUUUUUGAUAUAUAUACAUAAUGAAUACUGGCUGCAUCUGGGGUGCAGGAAUAUAUUCAGGGAUUGGCAUUUUGUCACAAAAUGUAGAUGUAAAUAUUAUCCCCUAAUAUUCCCCCCCCCCAGCAGAGUAGAACUAGAAACUUUUCUUUUUUUCCAAAAAGAAUUGACAUACCUGGGUUAUCUUCAUGCCCGCAAUCUUAUCAAAAUCUGGCUCUGUAUAUCUUAAAUCUCGAAAGUAGUUUCUUGAACAAAGGAAAGGGCUUCAACAUGCCUUUCCAGAGCGGGGGCUAAAUAAUUGCUAAGUACUCCACGCCCUACCAUCAACAUAAAUAUUGAUCCGUAGUUUGUUGGCACCAGGAACAGGAGAGCGGGGUAAAGCCUCCUCCUGUAGCGGGGAGAUUUUGUGGAUGGAUGGAUAGUAUUCCACUUGUUGAUUAUUCUAAUCUGCAUCCUUCACGCCCCGAUCAACCCUUGAACAAUCCCAACCGCCCUCAGAUACCUAUUCCGCUCCGCCUCGUCAACAACGCCUCUCUCCCGUUCCCCCUCACUCGAAGCCACAAGACGAAAUAUCAGCGCCCGCACUAGCAUCUGCGAUCGAUAUUUAUCUACACCGACCAGCCUAACCAGUUCAUCGCCAGCAUCAUACCAUAACAGCCCGUCGGCAACGAUGACCGCCUCCGCAAAUUCCACAGGUCGGAAGUAGAGCGAGAAAUCAAUGAUGCCAGGAACAUGUUCCUCCUGUUCCUCAUGUUCGUCUUCUUGGUCGUCCCCACGCUCAUCAUUUCUAGCCGAACAUUUUCUCUCGUGAUUCGUAAAAAGCACAUUCCCAGCCAAGUCUCCAUGGAUAAGCUGCGACACGCCCAUCUCGACGGGUUCGCGCAGGGAUAAAAGUUGACGGAAAAUAUCUCGAUAAGUCUCUCCCACAAUACCAGUUUCACCAGCGCUAUGGGCGCGGGCAUCAAUGUCAAUAUCAUUACCAAUAUCGAUAUCAGCACUCUUUUCCCCCUCCUCCAUUUCCCACGCUAUCCGAUCCCCCUUCGCCCACCUAUCUUUCCGCUGGCGUAUGAAAAGCAGGAAAGGCACCAGUUCGCCCAAACGCCCUUCCCUACCAUAUAACUCCCGCAGAUCCUUAUGUAAGGCUCUCGAAGCACGUAGUAUCUCCUCCCACCGACCAGGACCCGGGUCUGGUGUGCCGGGGAUAACCCGUGCCGCCGUCCAGGUGCCAGCAGCGACGAAUCUCUGGGUUCCGAUCGCGCUAUCCUCUUCGCUAUCAUUGAUAGUAGUAGAAGUACUAGGAGCAGCAGCAACAGCAGCAACAGGAGUAAUAGUCGUAGUAGUGCUGGUGGUGAUAGCUAACGGCUCCGCGACUUGAUAUUCCCGCCGCCUUUCCCCCAGCAAUGCCCUCCUCCUCUGGAGGUUGUAGAGCUGAUGCUGGACUGUAGCGGUGUGUUCUGCCUCUGCAGCGUCUUGUAUGUGCUUUAGGACUACAUUGGAGUUUGGCAGGAGGAUGCUGUUUCCCUGGCCACUGGGGAGAGGUUGGGCGGUAGUACUACUCUGAAUGGGGAGGUUGAAGGAACGGAGAACAUGAGGAGGAACCGGAAGGGUGUUCAUCGUGUUUGGUUAUUCCCUGAGUCGGAGGGUGGGAGUGAGGAGAGAGAGCUUGCUUGCUCCCUGAUACUUGAGAAUGCUACAUGUGCUGGAGGGGAUAAAUGGGCGGAUAUUUAUAGAGUGUGAUGAUAUAGAAGUACGGUGGUAUGUAUAAAUAGUACAUGUACAUGUGCUCUCCCAAGGAUCGGGGAACGUUUUGGGUAUGGGUAUGGCCGCCCGCAGCCGAUUCUACAAUUAAUUCCCCUUCCUUAGGUAUGUAUGUACACGUACAUGGAUAAGACUUCAGUGCAUAGAGCUCUACCUGUGCCAACCUCGAUAAACUUUUUGGGGCUGGCUUGUCGAGAUGGUGGAGUGCACAUCCUGGUGGACCAAAUUACAUCAUAAAUCCGCGGGGGAGUGUAUCUUUAUCCUGCACGACAGGUGGACAGGUUUUCCAUUAGCUAGCUGCCUGUAAGAAUCAGGACAUACAUUAUAUAGGCUUUGCAAGGGAUUUCAAUGCUGCCUUCAAUGCUGCCACCAGGUUCCGCCGGCCAUAAUAACGGAUAGGGUCGAAACCGAGGCUGGCACGCAGUUGGAUUGUUGAAAGGGCCUCAGCAGUCAGUCGGCAUGCCAGCCAACUACCAAUCAUGUGCUUAAUUGAAUUAUGGGAUAUCUGGAUUGCUUUCAACCGAUGUGAGGGAUAGAAGGGAGUUCUGUUUUCCUUGCUGGCAAGUAAUCUGUACGGCUGUGGAGGUUCAGGGGUUAGCCAGUUCCCUGUUUGAGAGUGAUAACAUAUAGCUCAUUGACCACUCAGAUCUCAUGAGACUGGAAUUUUAGGAACGUACUUUAUAAUCGAUCUAGAAAAGUAAACCUGAAGAAAUAAACAGAAAUAGGGACAAAAAGGUAAACGGGG